AUGACUAUGGUGAUAAGCGGUGACUGUUUGUAUGAAAUGCUACAAACAAGGAUGAACAUCGAAAGUUGGCAAGGUAUUAAGACUCAACCUCUUCACGAAGCAGUCGGAUAUACAGCAGAUCUUUAUCGUGUUGAACCAAUUUGGAAAGGCAAAAACUUGCCAAAAACUCUCAUUAUUAAGGCAUUAAAUGCUCAAAAAACUCUUGAUGCAGCAGAUCUUCCAACUGAUGCUGCAGUACUCGAGGAGUUGAUGAAAUUUUUUCAUCAAAAUGAAUGCUUCUACUAUAAUCUAUUCACAAAAUCUGUACCAUCACCGCUCUGUAUUCCACGCAUUUACUACUGCUCUGAUGGUCGACGUGCAGGCGAAUAUCCGAUUAUUGUUAUGGAAGACCUCGGGGCAUACAAGGUUAUCGAUAUGAUGAAUGGAUUGAAUACAGAUCAACUAAAAGCAGUUGUUAAUGAAUUGGCAAAGUUACACUACUAUUCAUUAACGAACAGUGAAUGGCGAAAGAUUUCUGAAUUACAGAAAUAUCCUGCUGAUCACGGUUUUAUCCAGACAGUGGAAAUCUUUUUGAUGAAACUGAAAGCUCAAGCUCCCGGGUGUUUCCUUAAGAGCGACAAAGUUAUAGGUCUUUUCAAUGGUGGUGAAUUCUUUUUGGAUUAUAAAAUAACUUGCGAAAAAGAGAAAAAUUCUGUGAUUGCACAUGGCGACUUAUGGACAUCAAAUUUGCUAUGGGAAGGAAAUGAACUGAAAGCAAUUAUAGACUGGCAACAGAGCCACUGCGGUGCUAUUACCGAGGAUUUGAUGAGGGUGACGAUAACUGGAGUUUCGGCAAAAACAAGACGAGUCCUAAUGAAAAAAGUCCUUGAGUACUACUACGAAGAGCUGCAAAGAACUUUUGCUAAAACAGGAAAAACUGCACCAUUUACGUUGCAGAACAUUGAGGAAAAUUACCGAAGAAUGCUACCAUUAAUGGCAUGUUUGAUGAUAUUCUCAAUUGGUAUGUGGUGUAAUACCGACUUUAUGAAAAGUGACCCAGAAAAUGAAGAACGGAGAACCAAAGAGCUAUUUAACCGUCUGGAAGACAUCGUUAAUGAAGCCUACGACGUUAUUAUCAGCGCUGACAAAAAUUACAAGUUUUAUGGACUUCCUGAGUUUGAUUGA